AUGCUCGUGUCUCUCGAACAAGUUGCGAACAAGUUCUUUGAUUAUGUUAUCUGUGGAGGCGGGACUGCGGGCCUUACACUCGCGGUUCGCCUGAGCGAAGACACAGAUAAAUCAGUACUUGUCUUGGAGGCGGGUGGAUCGCACAUUGACGAUAUGAGUAUCCUACGCCCCGCCUCGUGGGGAACCCACUUCGGUAAUGAUACGCAAUGCUGGGCCUACAAGACGCUUGACCAGUACAAUAGGGGAAAGGGUCUUGGCGGAAGCUCUGGAAUCAACUUCAUGUGCUGGACCAAGCCGCCUGCGGAUGAAAUCGAUGAUAUUGAAAGGCUAGGAAAUCCCGGAUGGAACUGGGCUAAUCAAGAGAAAUAUCUGAGCAGAACGGAAGGAUUCAUACCGCCGAGUGUUGAUGUUCAGAAGCAGAACAACAUGCAUCUCGACACCUGGAGGAUUGGAAAGACUGGACCCUUAAAGGUUGCGUAUCCAGGGACGAUCCCGGAAGGAGAGCGGAAGGUGCAACAGACAUUGCUCAAUGCUGGCCUUCCGGUCGCAAAUUGCCCUUUAAAUGGAGAUCCAACGGGUGUUUUCUUCUCGCCUUGUACAUAUGACCCGAACACACAUACCCGCUCGUAUGCGACAACAGCUCAUUAUCUCCCGUGCAGGGAAAGAGAUAAUCUUUUUAUCCUUAUAGGAGCAUCAGCGAAUCGAGUCCUCACUGAGACGACUGACAACGGCAAAGAAACCGUGAUCGCGGUAGAGUUCGAGUAUUCGGACCAAACGUGCGCUGUCAAUGUGCGGAAGGAGGCCAUUCUAUCCGCGGGAUCACUUCAAUCCCCACACCUCCUCGAGCUAUCGGGAAUCGGCCAGAAGGGUGUGCUAGCGAAAAUUGGCGUGCCACAGAAAGUCGACCUUCCUGGAGUGGGAGAAAACGUGCAGGAGCAUUAUCACGUUGGCGUAGCAUAUGAAUUGCGUGAUGAUGUUGACUUUGACACAGUCGAUCAACUUCGCGAUCCUAGCGUCCUUGCGAAGCACCUUCAACUCCAUGCUUCUGGAACAGGCUUGUUUACGAUGGGAAUCAUUGGCUUCGCAUUUGUUCCGCUGUAUAUGAUAUCCGACAAGGCUGAUGCUAUCUACAAAACUAUCGAAGAAAAGAUCACGACUAACAAGGAUAUGUAUCCACCUGGACUAUAUGAGCAAUACAAGGUCCAGCUCGAACGUUUGCGGAAAGGGGCCCCUGGAUGCGAGUUCAUUACGUUCCCUGGCUAUAUGUCUGCAACAAAACCCCCUGUGGAAGGCAAGCGAUACGUUUCAAUAAUCUCAGCGAUGAAUCAUUGUUUCUCGAGGGGCGUCAUCCACUCGGCAUCCGUCGACCCGAGGAAGGACCCUGAGAUGGACCCACGUUAUUUUGAAGAAAGCGUCGAUUUAGAUAUAUUCUGUGAGAUGGCUAAGUUCGCGAGAGGGCUAGCUCAGGUUUCCCCACUGAAGGACAUGAUCGCCCACGAACUUAAUCCAGGAUCUGAAAUACAAAACGAAGCCCAGAUUCGCGACUGGGUCAAAAAUAGUUUCAUGAGCACAUGGCAUACGGCUAGCUCGUGCUCUAUGUUGCCUCGGGAAAAUGGGGGAGUAGUUGACCCCAGCUUAAAGGUUUACGGCACCAACAAUCUACGUGUGGUCGACUUGUCUGUGCUACCGCUUCAUUUUGCAUCACAUCCUCAAUCUACUGUGUAUGCAAUUGCAGAGCAAGCUGCGGAUAUAAUCAAAGGCAAGUUCAACUCCUCGGAUGCGGGAGCUGUCGACUAG